UGAAGAUGGACUGACCCAAUAAACAAAACCCUCUGCACCCGAAACUAUAAGCCCAAAUCUGAAAUCAUAAACUGAAACCCUAAAUUACACCUUCAUAUAAAUAUACACACAUCUUACUAAGAACCCUAGUCUCAUCAGCCACCACAAUGUCGAAGCGAGGGAGAGGAGGUUCCGCGGGUAACAAGUUUCGGAUGUCGCUGGGUUUGCCAGUGGCGGCUACGGUGAAUUGUGCCGAUAAUACGGGGGCUAAGAACCUGUAUAUCAUUUCGGUGAAGGGGAUUAAGGGGAGGUUGAACAGGUUGCCUUCUGCUUGUGUUGGUGAUAUGGUGAUGGCCACUGUUAAGAAGGGUAAGCCUGAUCUUCGAAAGAAGGUCAUGCCGGCUGUCAUUGUUAGGCAGCGCAAGCCUUGGCGCCGAAAGGAUGGUGUUUUCAUGUAUUUUGAAGAUAAUGCCGGUGUUAUUGUGAACCCGAAGGGAGAGAUGAAAGGUUCUGCCAUUACUGGGCCAAUUGGAAAGGAGUGUGCUGAUUUGUGGCCUAGGAUUGCCAGUGCGGCUAAUGCUAUUGUUUAGAGUGCUUGUUUUUCUAUAUAAAUCUGUUAUAGACAGUUUUGAUAGGUGAAUCAGUUGUUUUGCUCUUAAAAAAUAUUGGCCUGAAUUGUCAUGGUUGUGUUCAUGUUCAUUGCUAAAUUAAGACUUUUGCAAGUUAUGGGUUUAAAAUUUCAGAAGUUUCCGAA